UAGACAUUAAUCUAUUUAUAUACAAAAAUGACGUUACUAUUAUUGUUAAGGAAAAUGUUGGUGUUGUUAGGGCAAGUGCUACACAUACUGACUGGUGGUCUGUUUUUCGAAAUGAUAAUAGUAACGAAAAUGAAAGUGUUGUUGCAUCGAUUAACUCGUGGUUUGUUUGCGGAAACCACAACGGUAAAGGGAAUAGUGGUGUUAGUGGAAAAGGACAAGUUUAAGGAUAUGACUGCGCCUCUUUCCCCUAUUUCUGGAGAUCUAGUGACCGUCGAGCUCUACAGUCAGGAUGCUACGCUCUAGGGCGGAUACUCAUCAAAAUUGGAGAAAUGUAGUGAUCAUGAUGAUGAUCCUAAUCAUAAAGAGUACUCGAAAUUUAAAUUAAGUUUUACCAAUUGGAACGAAAUUAAAAUGGGAGUCCCUCCAGCAUUGAAAAUCACCAACAAUAAUAAGGAUGAGUUCUUGCUCAAGUAUAUUACCCUCAAGUAUACGGUAAAGUUCUUGUGCAACUCUUGGGUUUACCCACAAGAAAGAUACACAUACCCUCGUGUUUUCUUCACAAACAAGCCAUAUCUUCCAGAUAAUUCGGAACGUCACAAACUACAUAGGUUAAGAGAAGGUGAGCUUAGACAUUUGAGAUCGGAAAAUAAUAUAGGCGAGCUCAAAGAAUGGGACAGAGUGUAUGAUUAUGCGACGUACAAUGAUUUGGGCAAUAAUCGUCCAAUCCUUGGAGGGAAAGAUUUACCUUACCCUCGCAGAGGAAGAACUGGAAGACCCCUCACUCAUGAUGGUCAUGAGAGCAGGCCUGAUAAAAACCAAGUCAUAUACAUUCCACGUGAUGAACAAAUCAAUCACUUGAAGACGGAACCACCACCAUCAUCAGACACCGUUGCUAAAAUAAUUACAACAUUGUCUGAAGAUGAUACUGUACUUGAUGAUAACUACUAUCGUAGCUUCAGAGAAGUACUUGCGUUGUUUCAGGGUACAGGUUUACCUGUCCCUGGUGUAAUUGAAGCAGGUGAUGAAAAUGCAUGGAGAGAUGAUGAAGAAUUUGGAAGAGAAAUGAUUGCUGGUGUCCACCCUGUCCACAUUCGUCUUCUCAAAAAAUUCCCACCAAAGAGCAAGCUAGACAGAAGAAAGUAUGGUGAUCAAGAUAGCAGAAUUAGUGAGGACGAUAUUAUAAAAAUGUUGGAGGAUUUCAGUAGUGUAGAAAAGGCGAUCGAGCAAAAGAGAUUAUUUAUAUUAGAUCACCACGAUACAUUUAUGCCAUACUUGAAGAGAAUAAAUAAAACUUCGACAAAGGCUUAUGCAACUCGAACAAUCUUGUUUUUGACAAAAGAAGAGAAAUUGAUGCCUGUCGCCAUUGAAUUAAGUUUGCCAAAGGAUGGUCCUGAUGAAAACGGUGCAGAUAGCACAGUAUUUACCCCACCAUGUGACAAUAAUGAUCCUCAUAAAUAUGCCACUUGGCAACUCGCUAAAGGUUAUGUUGCUGUAAACGAUUCAGGCUACCAUCAGCUCUACAGUCAUUGGUUGAAGACACAUGCAGUGAUUGAGCCAUUUGUGAUAGCAACAAACAGACAACUAAGUGUAAUCCAUCCAAUCUACAAACUAUUGCAUCCCCAUUUUCGUGGUACUAUGAGCAUAAACGCACGAGCUAGAACCAUUCUUGUGAAUGCCGAUGGAACGAUAGAGAGCGUGUUUUUUCAAGGAAAGUAUGCAAUGGAAUCAUCAUCAGCAGUCUAUAAGAAUAAUUGGGCAUUUAAUAAGCAAGGACUCCCAGCAGAUCUUAUUCAAAGGGGAUUAGUAGAUGAAAAGACUAAAAAACCUUGUGAGCUAGUAAAGAACUAUCCUUAUGCUGUGGAUGGGUUAGAGAUAUGGAAUGCUAUCAAUAAAUGGGUUAAAGAGUACUGUGAUAUCUACUACAAGGGUGAAGAUAAGAAGGUGCAAAAUGACAAAGAGAUUCAGAAUUGGUGGAAAGAAAUCAAAGAAGUUGGUCAUGGUGACAAGAAAGAAUAUGAUGGGUGGCCAGAAAUGAAAACUUUUAAUGAACUCGUCGAAUCAUGCACCAUAAUCAUUUGGAUUUCUUCCGCUCUUCAUGCAGCUGUUAACUUUGGGCAGUACUCUUUUGCAGCAUUCUAUCCGAAUCGCCCCACAUUAAGUCGACAGUUCAUGCCUAUGGGGGGCACUACACUUGGCGUUGACGAUGAAGAAAGUUAUUUCUUGUCCACAUUUACUUCAAAAAAGCAAAGCCUUGAGAUGAUUUACCUUAUUGCGCAAUUGUCAAGCCAUGAAUCAGAUGAGGUUUAUCUUGGUAAGAAUGAAGAUGUUGAUUGGACUUCGGAUAAAAAAGCUUUGGACGCUUUCAAAAAAUUUCAAACACAACUUCGUGCCAUUGAAGAUGACAUUACGACUAAGAAUCAAAAUCAUGAGAAAAAUCGAUGUGGUCCAAUCCAAUUCCCAUACACUUUGCUCUUUCCUACGAGCGAACCAGGGAUUACAGCUAAGGGAAUCCCCAAUAGCAUCUCGAUCUAAAAAUGGUCUAAUUAAUUGUGUUGUUCUUCUUCAUAAUUAAUUAGUCUAACUUUUUCAUGUUUCUUUAAUUUAUUUCUCUCAAUUGUUGUGUUACCAAAGUUAUGUUUGUUAUGUUUGCCUUUCUUUUGUUCCCUAAUAAUUUUUGUGCU